AUGUUCCAGGAAGGAUACGCACCUCCACCAGGCAUGAACGAUUACUCACAAGGCGAAGAUGGAGGCGUCACCUUCGACUUCGAUGAUCAAAGUAUACGGAAAGGAUUCAUUAGGAAGGUGUACUCCAUUCUAAUGGUACAACUGUUAAUCACAAUGGGUUUCAUCGCAUGGUUUCUCUUCCACGAGCCCACCAAACGAUGGAUAUACGCCAAUGCAUGGCUAUUCUGGGUAGCUUUGGCAAUGGUAUUUGUCACAAUUAUUGCAAUGGCGUGCUGUACCAACGUGCGACGUCAGGUGCCCAUGAACUACAUUUUCCUAUUUACCUUUACUUUGGCCCAAAGUUUUCUUCUUGGUGUCGCUACCAGCGCCUAUGAUGUCAAAGCUGUAUUCAUGGCUGUGGGCAUAACAGCAGCCUUGUGCUUAGCACUGACGCUGUUCGCCUUCCAGACUAAGUGGGACUUCACCGUGAUGGGGGGUAUGCUUUGUUGCUUACUCAUGACGCUGCUCGUUUUUGGAAUCGUGGCGUACUUCGUGCGAAACGAGAUUCUAAGCCUAGUGUAUGCGUGCUUGGGAGCUCUCCUCUUCUCCUUCUAUCUUGUCUACGACACCCAACUGAUGUUGGGUGGCAAGCAUAAGUACAGCAUAUCUCCUGAGGAAUACAUCUUUGCCGCAUUGAACUUGUAUCUAGACAUAGUCAACAUAUUUCUGUACAUUCUUCAGAUUAUUGGCCGAUAAAGGAUACAAGUUUACAUUUUGUUUUAUCACAUUAAAGGCAAGACUUACAGAGUAGAAACUGUAUAAUAAAAAUCAAUAUAAAAUAAACUGUUGAACACUGUGAUCCAAUCCAAAAGUGAAGUUUUAUA